AAAACACACGGCACGAUAUAGAAAAUAGUCAGUCUCUUAAAAGUACACGUCUACAUUUAUCAUAAUAACACAUUAGAUUGUGCGCAUCGGAAAUCAACCCAAAAUGCCAUCCUCGAAAGAAGAAAAGGUAGCUGCGCGCAUUGAGAGCGAUACGCUUGGUCCGAUGGAGGUUCCUGGCGAUCGUUACUAUGGCGCGCAGACUAUCCGUUGUUCAAUCAAUUUCCCAAUUGGCGGUAUGGAUGAGCGUAUGCCGAAAGCCGUAAUACAGGCCAUGGGUAUAUUGAAGAAAGCUGCAGCUGAAGUGAAUCAGGAGUUUGGGCUUGAUAGCAAGGUAAGCUCGGCGAUUUCAAAUGCUUCGGAUGAUGUUAUCUCAGGAAAGUUGUAUGACGAAGGACACUUCCCACUCCCCAUUUGGCAAACGGGCUCUGGCACACAGACAAAUAUGAAUUGCAAUGAGGUGAUUAGCAAUCGAGCUAUAGAAAUGAUGGGCGGUGAAAUGGGCUCCAAGUCGCCCGUGCAUCCCAAUGAUCAUGUCAACAAGUCGCAGAGCUCCAACGACACCUUUCCCUCUGCCAUUCAUAUUUCGGUGGGCAUUGAGUUGGUGAAAUCGUUAAAGCCAGCCCUUACUGGGCUGCGCGAUGCACUCAAGGCCAAGUCUAACGAAUGGAAGGAUAUAAUCAAAAUUGGUCGUACCCACACACAGGAUGCGGUUCCACUGACCUUGGGACAGGAGUUCAGCGGAUACACCCAGCAGCUAACUAACGGCUUAGAACGCAUCGACGCUGUGCUCCCUCACGUCUAUCAGUUGGCGCUGGGUGGAACUGCUGUUGGCACGGGCUUAAACACCCGCAAGGGUUUUGCUGAGAAGUGCGCCAAACGUAUUGCCCAGCUAACAUCGUUACCCUUCGUCAGUGCACCAAACUUCUUUGAGGCAUUGGCAAGUCGAGAUGCCAUGGUUGAAGUGCAUGGUGCUUUAAAUACCAUUGCAGUUAGCCUUAUGAAAAUAGCCAAUGAUAUACGCUUCCUGGGUUCCGGACCACGUUGUGGCUUGGGGGAGCUUCAGUUGCCAGAAAAUGAGCCCGGGAGCUCAAUCAUGCCUGGCAAGGUAAAUCCCACGCAAUGCGAGGCCAUUACUAUGAUCUGUGCUCAAGUCAUGGGCAACCAUGUGGCCGUAACUGUGGGUGGCUCCAAUGGGCACUUCGAGCUAAAUGUUUUCAAGCCUUUGAUCGUCUCUAAUGUGCUUCGCUCGAUCAAGCUAUUGACUGACGGAUGCCUCUGCUUUACCAAGAAUUGCGUAAGGGGCAUUAUUCCAAAUAAGGAAAAAAUAGCCAAGAUUAUGAAUGAAUCAUUGAUGCUUGUGACUGCUCUAAAUUCACAUAUUGGUUACGACAAAGCGGCUCAAAUUGCCAAGACUGCACAUAAGAAUGGUACCACGCUUAAAGAGGAGGCAGUUAAUGCUGGUAUUUCUUCAAAGGACUUUGAUGACUGGGUGCGUCCGGAGAAAAUGCUCGGACCAAACUAACGAGCUUAACAAUUUUAUUUUCAAUGACUCACCUCAAUUAAGUUGACAAAUAAAAGUUGGUGAAAAAAUGGUGA